AUGAAGAUGGAUUUUCAAGCGGUUUUCAGACGAUUCGGCUACAAUUUCGCGCCUUUUUUGCGUCGGCAGGUGAGAUUUUGAAGAUUUUUUGACUGAAAAGUAGAUUUUUCAGAUUUUCUGCCGUUUGGCGGGUAGAGCUGGCAUAGAAUCGUUUUUCACAUUGGCUAAGAACGCAUACCUUUUCUCUUCGGCGUAUUUUAAAAUCUUUUUUUCCGUUUCAGUUGAGCCCACAAAAGCGAAAAGUCCAGGUACGAUAAGCAUCCAGAAUCUACAGUAUACCAUGACAACUGAUGAGUGAAUAUCCCCCAAAAUGACUUGAUUAUGACGUCCUCUACGCUGUGGUCAUACAGAACAUUGUGUUACGCUUACCACAGCAAUUUUUGCAAAACUUUUGCAAAAAUGAUAGCUAUCCCAAGAUGGCUAUGUUGCGAUGUCGUAUGCCAAAUAAUGUCGUGUUCGGACAGCACGCCCCAUUUUAUGGCCAUCUGUCACAAAUACGCGGCAUCUGCGGUCUGUAUCAAGAUGGUCAUUGUAAAUUCAUUAUUUCCGGGGGCGAAAUAGACCUGAAAUGACGUCAUUUGUCAUGAACUACUUCAAAUUUGUGGUAGCAUCAUAUUACAAUCGAUCUUGGAGUUUGUACUUAUUAUGACGUCACAUGAAUUGGAUAUUUCUAUAACUGACGAAUAUGCCGCCAAUCGUCAUAACGUUAGUCAUCAAACUACAUAAUUUUUAUGAACAAAUACGAUAUAAAAUGACAUUAGCUACAGCCUACUGCCGUUUUGCGCCGCUACACACCUAAUGAUCAUACGUCAUAUUUCGACAAAUUAUGACAUCAACUUCCAUUAUGUUCCCAUCCACUAUUGCCAUUGCUGAAAUGGUCGUAACUGUCAGCAAACCUUCUACUAUGAAGUCAUUCCUCAUAUCCACUCAUCACAACGUCCAACUGCUCCUCAACUCUUCAGCCCGCCAGCCCGAAGCCAAUCCGAAUCCCCUCCCUCGCCAGUAAGACGGAGCGGACGCGGACGGUUGCCUGAUCCACGUUGAGAGCGAUGUUUAUCCGGCCAACUCUCCUUUAACCCUACAAAAGAAGCCAUGAGGAUCUUCCGAAAGAUCCGGGAAGCCAUGAGACAAUUGAAAUUGUAUUUCCACCCAACGAGUUAUGUACAUUUUGCCAUUUGAAACGCAUUUUUCUAUUGUACGAAGGACGUAUAAUAAAAAAGCAAAGGGAAGAUGGCUAAUUGCUUAUUGCUAUAUGGGAAUUCAUGCGAAAAUUUGAGGAUUAUAUGCGUCGCAGCUGACUCAAUAGAGCCCACAAAAAUUUUGGCGAAAUGCCACAAAAUCUGUUAUUGACUUUUUUGACGAAAUGCCACAAAAUCAAUUAUUGAUUUUUUUUGAUAUACUCGAAUAUUAGAUGCAAAAUACGAACGGAUCAAAAUUUUUAAAAAUAAUUUAAAGUUUUUGGUGAAAAUCAAAAAAAAAAAUUAUUAAACUUUGCAUUUUUUACCGGUCGGUCGGCUCUGCAAAUAAAAUUUCUCAACCGAAAAAUGGGCACUUCUCAGUCAAAAGACGGCAGUACACGAACCGCCAUUCCAACAGAUGCUAAUCAACAGCCGGAAGAGGUCAAAUCUUUGAUCGGAAAGGUCCCUUCGGCCAGGUUGAAUCUCGACAGUGCUGAUGAGGAGAUCCGCAGAAUCGUCAAGUCCCGCUUUCAAAAGCAGGACUGGGCCAUGGGAAGAGGCGUCGUUGAGGAGGAAAUGCUGGUUAUGGGCUUCCGACCGGUAAGUGUAGGGCGCAGCUCGGGAAAGAAAUUGGAGUGGUUUGUUGUAAGUAAAGAGGGAAAAAUGCAGCUUGGAGGUUGUUAUGGCCAAAAAAUUCAAUUUAAAAUACGGUACAUCGAAUUCUUCAACAAUUCGACAAAAUGUCAAAAGAAUAUUGGAUUUUUUUUGACAUUUCGUCCAACUAUGAAGUUGCCACGUAAGCAAUUUUUAUGUUUUUAAAAUACGUUUUGAGCCGUCCUUUGAGAAUUUCCACGAUUUUUUUUUAUUAAAAAAGAUUUUAAAAAUCUAUUAGGGUGAACCAAAUGUUUUUGCCGUUUUUUAGGUCUCUUUUUGUCCAAUUGUUUUUUUACGAAAUAAAUAUUUUUAUAUGAAUGUGUUAUAUAUAUUUUUAAAGGUCGUGAACUGCUUUAUCAUAAUAUAUAUUAAAACUUUUAAUUGGUCUUUUAUUUAAAAUCUUUUAACCUGUAGAAAAAACAUGGAAAAAUCCGAAAUUCGUGUUUUUUUACGUUAUUACCGAAAACAAGGCUUCAACGCAACUGCAGCAGUAAAAAAGAUAAGCGAAGUUGAAGGCUACAAUGUGGUCUCAGAUCGUACUGCGCGAUUGGUUCAAACGAUUCAACGACGGCGACACGGACCUCGAGGGCAAGACAUCUUAAAAAACAAUUUUGAAGGCGUAAUUCACUUCGAGUUGGUUCCAAAUGGUCGGACUAGCGACGCAGACCUCUACUAGCUCCACUCAAUCGAAUGUAUGCAGCGAUUGGCAAAAAAUAUCCCGAUUUGAUCAAUCGAACCCGCGUACCCCUGCAACAAGACAGCGCAAAACCUCGCACCGCCAAAAAAACGAAGGAAAAAAUCAAAACUCUCGACGCCAUUGAACUUCUUCCACAUCCAGCGAAUAGUCUGCACAUUGUGUCAUACGACUAUCACCUUUUCCGCUCCAUGGCACACUUUUUGCGUGGUCGUAGCUUCAAUGAUCUGGACGAUGUCGAAGACGGAUGCCGCGAGUUUUUCGCUUCUAAGAAAAAGGAGUGGUACCGCAGCGGGAUCGAACAACUUGCCUAUAGAUGGGUUCAAGCCAUAGAUUCAAAUGGCCUUUACUUCGAAACUUAACUAGUUUUCGUUUGUUGUAAAAUUAUGUUUGAAGUUUUAAUAAAAAAACGGCAAAAACAUUUGGUUCACCCUAAUAUUUAAAUUUUUUCCAAAUCCUCAAAAUUUCAACAGUUUUUCGAUGUUUUCCAGGCGUUUAGUUUUAAUUUUAGAAGUCCCUAGUCUCCCAUGAAGUGAAGCAUGACUUCGAAAUCGCUCUGGAACAUCCAUCAAGCCGUCCCAAAUCUGCUCGACCCAAUAGGAUGAUUUCCAAUAUAAUUUAUUGUAUAACGUAUUCACUGAGCUGCAGUGUGAUCCUGGACUUUCCCUAUCUCUGCUACAAGCAUGGAGGAGGCAAGUCACAGUUUUUGGCGGGGCAAAUUAUGAAGUUUUUGAGCUAAAAAUUGAAUUUUCUAUACCUGAUGCCCGAAAAUAUACGUAUUUUACCUUACAAGCUUGUCAUAAAUAUACUUCUAAAAUUAAUUUUCAAGUCUUGUUUUAGCCACAUUCCUCAUUCACUGGCUGAUUUCGCUGAUUUUGUUCGGAAUUCCAAUGGUUUUUAUCGAAAUUGGCCUCGGGCAAUAUUAUGGGAAAUCGGUCACGUUGAUCUUCGCUGCGAUGAAUCCGAGCUUCACUGGUAAGUUUAUUUUUUGUUUCGUAUUUUAAAAUUGUUUUUUUAACUAUUUGCGCAAAGUUUAAAUUUGAAUUUUGAUUUUCCCGCCAAAUUUAAAAAUCUUUGGCAUUCCGUUUCAAGGCCGCUAAAACUCAGAUUUAAUGGCGAAAACGUUUUUUACCACUGUGCAAUUACCAUUUCAGGCAUUGGAAUGGCCAUGCUCAUGAUCAACGUCCUCAAAUCGCUCUGGAAUCUGAAGGUUGUGGUGAUCUCAGUGUACAUGUUCACAUUUGGCCUGCAGAGUUGGUAUAAAUCGGAAAAUCAAUGGAGUAGAUGCCCUGAUAUCUCUGUAAACUGCUUUGACUUUAUGUGAGUGGCCUCUGAAUUUAGAUUCUUUUCUGAAAAUGCGAUUUUUUCAAGAGUUUUUUUGAUUUUUUGGGCGAAAUUGUGGAGUUGCGUUUCGGAGUGCCCUAAGGCAAUGAAUUUUAAAAAUAAGAAGAAAUUUAUAAAGGGGAUUGAUAACUGAUGCUAUAGGCUAUAUCUUUGCUGAGUUUCAAAAUUUUCUGUAAUUUUCAAAAAAAGUUACAGCAAUCCCAAGAAUUUUUUAUUUUUUCCAUCUUUAUCUCUAAUAAUCGCAAUUUCAGUAAGCAAGAGCGCUGCACGCAUCUCAAGGAGAUGGCGAUUGAAGGUCUAGUGGGUCAGCAAGAGUAUGAGAGGGAAAAAUGCCCCUUGUUUCUGGAAUCUCUCGGCAAUACGAACUUCUCCGGCGCCCAUGGAGUGAACCCGAUUAUGAUGGACUUCAUGAACGCUUAUGUUUGGCCAAUUCCUCCGGAUUUGAAUCGGUUCGAGUACGGGUCGGAACCGAUCAUCCAAAUUACAAUGGGCACGUUUACGUUGGCGAUGAUUUGCAUGGGAAUUGGAAUGAAGACAAUUGGGUUGAUCCCGUUGGGAAUGCUGAAGAUUAUGGCGGUGAUGGUCUUGCCCUGGCUUUAUUAUUUUUGUAAGUUUUGAGGGAUGGUAAUAUUGUACUUUGGGAAUAUUGGGCAGAUUCGGCAUUUUGGGCAAAUCGACAAAAAUGAGAUUUUAAAUGCGAUUUUGGGCAUUUUAGAUGAACUUGGCCAUUUCGGCAAGUUGGGCAAAUUGGGCAAGUUGGACAAAGAGGGAAAAUAGAUGUUUCUAAUUUUGUGAAUUUCGGUUUUUUAAGCAAAUUGGACCAAGCUUGGGCUUUUUGGGAAAAUUCGGGAAAAUUUGGGCAUUCCGGGCAAGUUGGGCAAAUUGGGCAAGUUAGACAAAUUGUGGUUUUAAAUGCGAUUUUAGGCAUUUUGGGACCAUUUUGAACAAGCUGGGCAUUUUGGGCAAGUUGGGCAAAUCGGGCAAGUUGGACAAGUUGGGCAAAUCGGGCAAGUUGGACAAGUUGGAAAAAUUAUAAUUUUAAUUUUGUAAAUUUGAACAUUUCUACUUAGACCAAGUUUGGACUUUCCGGGCAAAUUCGGGAAAAACUGAGCACUUUGGGCAGGUUGGGCAAAAUGGGAAGUAAUGAAAAUAAUUAGAAGCUUCAUUAUUUUCCCGACCAUUUUCAGUCUCCUCAGCGCCAAACAUCGACGCUGGUUGGCGGAUGUUUUUCACCUUUCAAUCGACCCACUUAUUCGAUGGUCAAAGCUGGGCCGACGCAAUCUACAUGGUCAUGACAACUAUGUCGUAAGUCAAUAUGACCUAGAGACUUGUUGAAGCCGCUUUUUAGCAUCUGCGACGGCACUUUGCAUCGAGUUGGGGCCCUAUACAACUUUAGUCAUCGAUAUUGGACUUCGGUGUUUUCAUUGGUGAUCGUCACUGUAUUUUCAUGUGUAAUGUCAACUUUGACAUUGACUUUGGCUGUUUCUCUGCUGGCUCGUAAGUUUUGAAGGUUUACAGAAAGGAUCGGACAUAUUUUAGAUCAAAAAUCGGUGAAAUUUUUUUCGAUUUUUUUCUAAUUUUUCAUAUAGAUGGGCAAAAUUCAUCAAUUUUUGGGCUUUUCUUGACAUAAUAGAAGACUAGGAAUGUUUUUAGGCUGAAAAGAUACUGUAUCUUUGAUCAAUUUUUGACUAAAAACAAAAAAUUUUUUUUAAAUUUUUUUUUGAUUUUUUCGAGUUUUAAGAUAUACAAAUUGUCAUUAAAAUUUUCACAAUGGUAAAUUCUACUGAAAAACUUACUAUAUCACUGCUUUUUCAGACCAAAUGUACACGCAUGGUGGCUCUGCGAACGGAACAGAUUUGCGAAUCCACGAAUACAUGGUGCAUGGCCAAUCUCUCACCUGGUCGGCGGUGCCUGAGGCGCUGAAUGCGUUUGGCCUUGUUGGCCCAUUCCACUUGAUCGUAGCGUACUAUUUCUCCAUUGCCGCAAUCGCUUUUUCCUCGCUGGUAAGCGGGAAAUGAAAUGAAAAGGAAGAAAAGCCGUGCCUCAUUGGCUCAGGGGCAGAGCGUCUGUCUAGUAAACAGAAGGUCGCUGGUUCGAUUCCAGCAUGAGGCAGUUGUGUUUUUUGAUGAUUUUUUGGGGAUUUUUAGGCCAUGAAAUGUUGCGCAAACGUAUUUUACUUUCAGACUGUGAAGUUUUAUGCUGUAUUUGGAAAAAAAGGGAAAAAAUUAACUUUUUUUUUAUAAAACAGCAGCUUUUUACCUAAAAUAAGGUGUUUUUACUUGAAGUUUGACUCAAAUUGACUGUUCAAUGUACUUUCAAUUCUUUUCAGGUCAUGAACCUCUCUCAAAUCUUUUGCUGUCUGAAAGAAUCGGCUCUUUUCGGCUUUCUCCUCUCCCUUGGAAAGCCAUUGAUUACUCUAAAGAAGUUGCUGCUCUUCUUAAUGCUCACUGUGUUCUUCCUGCCGCUUGUGUUUACGUUGACAAUGCCCUGGUCGAUAGUUCUUGUCCGCUUGGGGGUCCAGCAUUCGGCCAAUGUCAUGUUUUUGGUGGCUUUGUUGGAGGCCGGGGUAGUUGCAUAUUGUUAUAACGGAGGCAAAUUCUUUGUGUAAGUUGUUGUUUUUGAGCGUUCACGUAGCUAUGAGAGGUUGCAAAAACAUUUUUGAACUUGUCGAAUGAGAUCUAGUGACUUUUUGAUGAAUUUGACGAAAUGUCACAAAAUUUAUUGGAAUUUUUUUUGUUGACAUUUUACCAAAAAUACCAUUAAAUUUUUUUAAAAAUCUUUUUUACACCUUAAAAACACGCCUAACCGAUUUUUUACCGAGUUUAACGAAAUUUCACAAAAAUUAUUGGAUUUUUUGUUCUUGACAUUUCGUCAAAAUAUGAAAAAUGUGAUCAGUAAGAUUGAUUUGACGUCAAUAUUUUUUUAUUUUAGCGACAUUCGGACCAUGCACACUCGUCUUUCAUUCAUCACGGCCGUCCCGUUCAUCUGUAUUUUGACGAUUUCCCCGUUGCUGGCCUACGGAGGCUUCUCGUGUCAGCUCUCAUUGAACCAAAUGAGCCGAGUGGCGGAUUACGUGAUCCCCACUAAACUUAGAAAUGCCGGAUAUAUGACGCUAAUCGCUGCGAUUUUGUGAGUUUGAUAACAACUUUUGAAAAAAUGAUUUUUUUACAUCUUUUUUGUUUUGAAUUUUUAAUUUUUUUUUUUUUAUUUUUGAAACUUACAGUAAAAUGGUUUUUUUUCAGUAUAAUCUACAUGUUCCCGACCGUCAGUAUCCUGACGAAUUGGUUCAAUCAUUACUCGAUCAAGGCGGCGUGGCAAAUCCAACCCACCUGGGUCCCGCAACGAAAACAUGACGCCAAAGUUGCGCAUGCCAAUCGGCUCGCCUUCCGCAGCCAACAGUCCUACAGUCGAUGUGUGGUCGCCAAGAAGGGAGUUCGACAUGUUACCGAGAAAUGA